CUGCCAAUCCCUCCACUGGCCUCCACUCAGUGUCCUCCACCCCCCUCUGCCAAUCCCUCCACUGGCCUCCACUCAGUGUCCUCCACCCCUCUCUGCCAAUCCCUCCACUGGCCUCCACUCAGUGUCCUCCACCCCCCUCUGCCAAUCCUCCACUGGCCUCCACUCAGUGUCCUCCACCCCCCUCUGCCAAUCCCUCCACUGGCCUCCACUCAGUGUCCUCCACCCCUCUCUGCCAAUCCCUCCACUGGCCUCCACUUAUGUCCUCCACCCCUCUCUGCCAAUCCCUCCACUGGCCUCCACUCAGUGUCCUCCACCCCUCUCUGCCGAUCCCUCCAUUGGCCUCCACUC